GGAAAAGCGAAUGCAUUUGCGAUCAACUACCGCCAUGAUGCCUCAGAGGCCUGGGGUUCCUGAGGCAGAGAGGGAAGCUGCUUUUUCAAAGCGAAUUAAAUGAGAGUAACCACAGCCGCCACAAAGGAGGGCAAAAACAGAAACCCACCUGGAGGAACCAGCUGAUCCAAAGGAGAGCACUGUGAGAAUCAGGAAACGCAUCCCUGUCUGUCGGCCUGGGAAGAGACCUAGAAACUGGCACGUCUCUGAGGGAAGAUGAGGAAAAGGCUGUAAAUCGGCCAAAAGAGGCUUGAAGUACUCUUUCUGCGUGGGAAAGUGAUGGCUGGUGGAAGGAGGCGAACCCCACAAGGAAAGAUGGCUUAGCAGCAGCUGCAGCCGCCAAACCAAGCCCGGUGGGAUGUGCCCUUAGACCACCAUGGACGGAGCCCACAGAGCAGCCCUGCAGCUGCAGCAGCUCCCGCCCGCGAGCAGUGCUGACCCUGUGAGUGAGGCUUCCUUCUCCUACAAGGAAAACUUGAUCGGUGCCCUCUUGGCGAUUUUCGGACACCUUGUGGUCAGCAUUGCGCUUAACCUGCAGAAGUACUGUCACAUUCGCCUCGUGGGCUCCAAGGACCCUCGGGCCUAUUUCAAGACCAAGACAUGGUGGCUGGGCCUGUUCCUGAUGCUGCUGGGCGAGCUGGGCGUGUUUGCCUCCUAUGCCUUUGCCCCGCUGUCGCUGAUUGUGCCUCUCAGCGCCGUCUCCGUGAUAGCCAGCGCCAUCAUAGGAAUCAUAUUCAUCAAAGAAAAAUGGAAACCUAAAGACUUUCUGAGGCGCUACAUCUUAUCCUUCGUUGGCUGCGGUCUGGCCAUCGUGGGCACCUACUUGCUGGUGACAUUCGCACCCAACAGUCACGAGAAGAUGACAGGCGAGAACAUCAUCAGACAUCUUGUGAGCUGGCCUUUUCUCCUGUACAUGCUCGUGGAGAUCAUUCUCUUCUGCUUGCUGCUGUACUUCUACAAGGAGAGGAACGCCAACAACAUUGUUGUGAUUCUCCUCUUGGUGGCGUUACUUGGCUCAAUGACCGUGGUGACAGCAAAGGCUGUGGCCGGCAUGCUCGUCUUGUCCGUACAGGGGGACCUGCAGCUCGACUACCCCGUCUUCUACGUGAUGUUCGUGUGCAUGGUGGCAACUGCUAUCUAUCAAGCCGCGUUUUUAGGUCAAGCCUCACAGAUGUAUGACUCCUCUCUGAUUGCCAGCGUGGGCUACAUUCUAUCCACUACCGUGGCUAUCACAGCAGGCGCCGUCUUCUACCUGGACUUCCUCGGGGAGGACGUGCUGCACGUCUGCAUGUUUGCACUGGGGUGCCUCAUCGCAUUCUUGGGCGUCUUCUUAAUCACACGUAACAGGAAGAAGGCCAUUCCCUUUGAGCCCUACAUUUCCAUGGAUACCAUGCCAGGUAUGCAAAACAUGCACGACAAAGGGAUGACCGUCCAGCCUGACCUCAAAGCUUCUUUUUCCUACGGGGCCUUGGAAAACAAUGACAACAUUUCUGAGAUCUACGCUCCCGCCACACUACCCAUCAUGCAGGAAGAACAUGGCUCUAGAAGCGCCUCUGGGGUUCCCUAUCGCGUCCUGGAACACACCAAGAAGGAGUGAGCCCACCUUGAAGGAGACUCACCCUCUCUCCAUUUACAGCUGCUCAAGCCAUGCUGAUAGCGGUUCAACCCUUAAUUCUAAAACUUGCCUUUCAAGUCUUAUUUUUUUUAAUCCAAGAACUCUGUGGAUGGGGAUCUUGAAAAGCCUUUGUCUCUGGCAAAGGUUAGAUUAUCUUGGUCCUGGAAGUUUCAGAUGAUGAGGGUGGGGCUGGGGUGGGGGGCUGAGAGCAGUAUUCUAGGUGGGCAGUAAAGAGUUCAGCCUCUGCCUGGUUUAGCCCACCGAGAUUUGGAAAGCCGUUGUCAUCCUUGAGGAUGGUAACUGGGUUUCCCCAGUCAGUGACCAAAGGUGGCCACAUUCUUUAGAGCUAAAGCAAGGCAGAGAUUCUGCCCUUACUUUCCAAAUCCAUUGAAAGGCUGGAAACCUCCAAAUCUAGUCUUCCCUCACCUUAUGUGCAGGCCUGAUCUCUACCCACCUCGGUCUUGAUUCUGUACUUGAGAUAACCUUUGUGUCGCCUUCACGUGGCGUGGUGAACCAGCCCUGGGUGUGACAUCCUGUCACUCGCCUGUAAGAAAUGCACAUCUGCUUUACUGGUGGUCUGUGCCUCCCCAGUGAACGUGUGUUUGAUGUGUUUAUACUGGAUCCACUCUGAAAACUGAUUUGGUUUUGGUUCUGUGAACUACUUGGUUGCUUUCCUUCCCCUCAAAGGAACUGAGAAAUUAAGAGAAGAAGGGGAAGAAUAAGAAAGACAGGAGCGGGGGUGAUGAGCCUUCAGCCCAUAAAAGGAGAAAAAUCCCUUUUCAUUUUGCAAGAGGCGAUUGCAUCACCUAUAAAGGACGGACAGACA